AUGGGAAAGGUCACCAUGAUGCUUGCCAUAGCUUUGGUGAUCCUGCACUUGGUGUCGCGAUGCCGUGGCGGUGUCACGAGUUCGUACCGGCGAAAGCUCGAAGCCUCUGUCGACAUGCCUCUCAAUAGCGAUGUUUUUCGUCGUCCACCCGGUUACAAUGCACCCGAGCAGGUUCACAUUACGCAAGGAGAUUACGUAGGAAGGGGCGUGAUAGUGUCGUGGGUUACUCCGGUCGAACCGGGCUCCGAUCUGGUUCUCUACGGUCCGGCAUCCAACAAGAGCAAGUACCAGGCUCAUGCCAGGCUCACCACCUACAAGUUCGGAAACUACACUUCGGGUUACAUCCACCAUUGCAAGCUCAAAAACUUGGAUUACAACACCUUGUACUACUACAGAGUCGGGAUCGGGAACUCCAGCCGUGAGUUCUCCUUCACUACUCCUCCAGAAGUUGGUCCAGAUGUUCCAUACACAUUCGGCAUUAUAGGGGAUCUUGGGCAGACAUUUGACUCGAAUCAAACACUCGGCCAUUAUGCGUCGAACGAGCUUGCGAAAGCACUGCUUUUUGUGGGAGACCUGUCUUAUGCAGACCAUUACCCCCUCCAUGAUAACAGGAGGUGGGAUUCAUGGGGUCGGUUCGUAGAGAGAGUUGCUGCUUACCAGCCUUGGAUUCUGACGGCUGGAAAUCACGAGAUCGACACCGUUCCUGAAAUUCACGAGACUACGCCGUUCAAGCCUUACAUCCAUCGGUACCACGCGCCAUUCAAAGCUUCCGGUAGCACCUCCCCUCUUUGGUACUCGAUAAAGCGCGCAUCAGCACACAUCAUUGUUCUCUCUUCAUACUCCGCGUACGCGAAAUACACACCGCAGUAUGAAUGGCUUCAGAAUGAAUUUACUAAGGUGAACCGAUCUGAGACACCAUGGUUGAUUGUUUUGGUCCAUUCGCCAUGGUACAACAGCAACAACUACCACUACAUGGAAGGCGAGACCAUGAGGGUCAUUUUCGAGUCAUGGUUUGUGCAGAACAAAGUUGAUCUCGUCUUUUCUGGCCAUGUUCACGCGUACGAAAGAUCGGAGCGCAUCUCGAACAUAGCGUACAACAUAACUAACAAGGAGUGCACUCCAAUUCCGGAUCCGUCAGCACCAGUCUACAUAACAAUAGGCGACGGAGGAAACAUCGAAGGACUUGCGAAUAACUUCACCGAGCCACAGCCGAACUACUCAGCAUACAGAGAAGCAAGCUUCGGGCACGCGACUCUCGAAAUAAAGAACAGGACUCACGCGUAUUACUCGUGGCACCGCAAUAGUGAUGGAAUUAAAGAAGUUGGCGAUUCUGCGUGGAUCUAUAAUAGAUACUGGCGCCCUGAUGAAUAAGUAGUAGUCAUAUUUCUCUUCUUUUUUUUCGCUCUCUUUUUCUGACAAGAAUUUGCUCUUUCUUUCUUAA